UAAUAUUUUAAGGUUAUGAGUAUGUACUGAAAAAAUCUUUCUUCGAUGGAGAUUAUCUUAGAAACUUGUUUAUUGUCAGUUUAUAAAAUAAACCUGAUGUCUACUCACUCGACUGUACAGUAGUAAGAAAAUGCAAGAACAAGAGAUAGCUUAAUGGGGAUUUUUAAAGGAAAAUAGAACAAAACAAAAAAUCGUUUUGCCCAUAAGGUGAAGAAGUAAAACAACAAAAAGAAGAAAAUCUCCCUGAAAAAUGUUAAGAUGCUUGCUUGGAUGUUACCUGUUCAUUUUGUCAUCAUUUUCUUUGUGGGGAUGAAAUUGGGUUAAGUUAUGAGUCUCUGGGAAAAGAGUCCUGAGGGUGUGAUCCGGUCCAACUUCCUUUCCAGGCUGGGUGUUCACAGUUGUGGUAUAAUCUCAACAAGUUGAUAACUGAAGCUUUUCUUCUGUCCUCAAAAGCCUGUUGGGACCUUGGGGUGGGGGGGUGGAACCCUGCAGCAAUGGGAUGUCUGAACUUAAUUCUGCUGGCUCAGUUCGCUCGGCCUCCAUGUCUUCCCUGUACCCUGGGUUUUUCAUCCAGAGUUGAAAGGCCCACGAGAUCUUUAGCCUUAUCCAUGUACAUGAUUGCAGAAUAUGGACUAACCUGUUCUUUGAUUGAAGGAUUGGAAUCCUUGGCCAUAUUCCCAGGCAGUCACCCUCGUUUUUCUGUUUGCCAGUCUUCUCAUCACCUGUUAGAAAUACUCCAUUGAUCUCUGGAUAUUUCUGCAGUAGCUGCUUUGGAAUAGACAAGGUUGGAGGCACAUUCUGGAUGCUAAUUUCAAAGUGGCUUCUGAUGUCCCAGCAAAUGGCAUUGUCCAGUCUAUUGCUGAGAAGAUACUUCUGAGGACCCAACAGCACCAGCUAAGGCAGACUUGGUUUGCUCUCUGCUGGGUGUGCCCUGAAUGGGAGUGAUGCCUCCAGGCAGGUGGUAUGCUGCCCAUCCAAGGCCUCGGGCCCAGGCUUCAAAGGAGCGAGGGCGCCUGAAGAUAGUAAAGGAAGAAGAAGAGGAUGAAGGCUACACUCCAGUGCGGGCUGCUAGGCCACAGAGGCUCAACCGUCCUGGCCAGGAACUCUUCCGCCAGCUCUUUAGGCAGCUUCGCUACCAUGAGUCUUCUGGGCCCCUAGAAACUCUGAGCCGGCUCCAGGAGCUCUGCCGCUGGUGGUUGAGGCCUGACGUUCUCUCCAAGGAGCAGAUCCUGGAGCUGCUGGUGCUGGAGCAGUUCCUGAGCAUCCUGCCUGGGGAACUUCGGACCUGGGUACAGCUGAAUCACCCUGAGAGUGGCAGUGAGGCUGUGGCCUUGCUGGAGGAGCUGCAGAAGGACCUCGAUGGGACACCACAGAGGGACCCAGUCCCUGCCCAGAGCCCCAGUGUGCAUUGGAUGGGUACAGGAAUCUUGCAAGCCACACAAAUAUGGCCGCCUCCUUCACCUCUCAGGAGCGACUCUGGCCUAGGGAACCACCUGGAGCCUCCCUAUGGAACAGGAGUGCGUGAUUUCCUGGCUGGGCAAUCCGAUCCUGCUGCUGCCCAGGUGCCUGACCUUUCCCCGAGAGAGAGAUACCCAGGAGACCAGGUGGUGGCAACCGGACCCCUGACAGUCCAGCCCCAGGAAGCCAUGACUUUCAAGGAUAUAGAGGUGACCUUCACCCAGGAAGAGUGGGGAUGGCUGGACCAUGGCCAGAGGAACCUUUACAGGGAUGUGAUGCUGGAGAAUUAUAGGAACAUGGCUUCUUUGGUGGGGCCAUUCCCCAAACCUGCUUUGAUCUCCUGGCUGGAGGGAAGGGAGCCCUGGGGCUUGAAUGUCCAGAGAACUCAGCCUAGAGAGAAUCCAGAUGCUGCCCCUGCAGGAGGUGAGCUCCAGAAUAAGACAGACAAGAUUGUCUUAAAACAUAAAACUUCGGAAGAAGCAGAAACCUUGACUGUGCCAUCAGGCUGUCCUGCGCAGAGUGUUUCUGAGGGAAUGGGGAUCAGAGAAUCUUUUGCACAGAAGAGCAGGUUAAAGGGACAAAAGGGAGACUCUAUAGGAGUAUGUGUUAAGCAAGAAGAGACCAAUGUCAGUCACGUGACGGGAAAAGAAUCUGAGGAACUGGGAGAAAGUGAUAGUCGUGACCUAAAUCAUGUUUCAUAUUUUAGAGUUCCUGGAAGAAGGCGAUCCCUUAAGCAUGGCUAUGGCAGACACUUCAGACUGAGUUCACACCUCUGUGACUACAAGGAAUAUGGGAAAGGGCUCAGACAUAUGAUAGGAGGGGUUAACCUUUGUCAGAGACUUCAUGCUGGACCAAAAGGGAAUGAAAAGGAUGAUGGGAAAGACUUCAGCCUUAGCUCUCAUCACCAACAUGGGCAGAGUCUUCAUGCAGUGGAGACCCUGUAUAGAUGCAGUGACUGUGGGAGGACCUUUAGUCACAGCUCCCGUCUUGCCUGUCAUCAGAGACUUCACACUCAAGAGAAACCAUUUAAAUGCAGGGUGUGCGGGAAAGCCUUCAGGUGGAACUCCAACUGUGUGCGACAUGAGAAAAUUCACAGUGGAGUAAAACCUUAUAAAUGCAGUUUAUGUGAGAAAGGUUUCAUACGCCUGUCAUCCUACCGCCUGCACCAGGAAACCCACACUAAGCAGACAUGUGUUGAAUCUAAUCAGUAUGGGGAAGCUUUUACCUAUGAUUCAGGGUUGGAUCAUCAUUUGAGAGACUAUAGUGGGGAGAAACCCUUUGACUGCAGCCAGUGUGGGAAAUCCUUCCACUGUAAAUCAUAUAUUCUCGAACAUCAAAGGAUUCACACCCAGGAGAAACCCUUUAAAUGUACCAAAUGUAGGAAAACCUUUAGGUGGAGGUCAAACUUUACUCGCCAUAGGAGACUGCACCAGUUCCAUGAACAAGACAAAUGCAGAGAAAACUUCAGGCAGAGCUCCAACUGCAGUCAGCCCCAGAAGGUCCCCACUGUGGAGAAAACUUUUGCAUGUCAGCAAUGUGGGAAAACCUUUACUCGAAAGAAAUCCCUCAUUGAUCAUCAGAGAAUUCACACAGGUGAGAAACCAUACCAGUGUAGUGAAUGUGGGAAGGAGUUUACCUAUAGGUCAGGCUUUAUUGUUCAUAAGAAGCAGCAUGCCAUAACCAGAAAACCUGAGGUUGGGCUGUCUUUUAGUCAGGACAGAGUGUUCCAAGCUCCUCAGACCAGUGACACCAUGGAGGAACCCUUCAAAUGUAGCCAUUGUGGCAAAGACUUCCGUAAUCGGUCAUUCCUCCUCAUCCAUCUGAGAGUUCACACAAGAGAGAAGCCUUAUCAGUGCAGGGAGUGCGGGAAAGCCUUCAGAUGGAGUUCCAACCUCUCCCGACAUCAGAGGAGUCACUCUUUGGGAAAACAUUACAAGUACCAUGAAUAUCAUAAAACUCCAGAUCUGCAACCAAAAAUCCUCACUGGUGAGAAACCUUUCUGGUGUCAAGAAUGUGGGAAAACCUUUACCCGUAAAAGAACUCUCUUAGAUCAUAAGGGGAUACACAGUGGAGAGAAGCGCUAUAAAUGUAAUGUGUGUGGAAAAUCUUAUGACAGAAAUUAUCGCCUUGUUAACCACCAGAGAAUCCACAGUAAAGAGAGACCCUUUAAAUGUCAAUGGUGUGGGAAAGAUUUCACUGGAAGACACACCCUCCGUGUUCAUCAGAGGAAACACGCUUGCUCGGCCCAGUCUGAAUGUAGCCCGUCUGGGUUAUCUUCCUGCCAGGACACAAGGUUGAAUUUACAGGAAUCCAGGCCAAGUGGAGAGAAGCCCCUUAACAAAUGUGAAGAAGCUUGUAAUCAGAGCUCCAGGUUCACCGGACUCCAGAACAUACCCGUUAGAAAAAAGUGCCAUAAAUGUAACAUAUGUGGGAAAACUUUUCCGAAGGGUUCACAGCUCAUUAGCCACAAGAGAUUUCAUACCAGAGAGAGGCCCUUCAAGUGCAGAGAAUGUGGGAAGACCUUCAGGUGGUCUUCAAAUUUGGCUCGGCAUAUGAAAAACCAUAUUAGAGACUAGCCUGGGCCCGGAAAUGUGUGUGUCUGGGGGGAUGGGUGGGGUCUCUAGCUAUCAUUCUAAAGAACCUUUAAUUGUAGGCAGUAUGGGAAGAACCUCUACAAAGGGUUUGGCUCUUCCUACUUUGGAAGAUAGUGGCAGAGAAUCCUGAGGAUUUAGAAACUCUGGGAGUCCCCAUCCUACUCACUGAAAGUGAGAUGCUGGGGAAGAGCAGCAACAUGUUUUCUGGGGGCCCUUCUUGGGGCUCAGAUCUCCAGGACUGUCCUUUGCAUGGUGGCCCAGAGCUCUCCCAGUCAAAUUUCCCAUAACUUUGAAGGGAAAAGUUUGUGAUUGGACUAAAUGUUUGUGGCUUGGAGGGGCUGUGACUGCUGGGAAGGGGCCACGUGGAGCCUAAGUUUCUUUUUGAGUUUGGCCUGUGUGGUGCCUAUUCCAUUGACUUUAUAAGCAGCAGGUUCAGGAUCAAGAACUCCUAGGCUCCACAUGUGCUUUCUGGGGAGUUUCUGGUUAGGACCUCAGCCUUCACAGCUGGUGUUUGGAUAUCUUCUAUGGGCACAAACAGUUGUCUCAGUGGCAAGUGGGGGAGAACAGGGUGCUGGGCUCCAUCAGUUGGAGACUGGAACUCUCCCAGUGCCCAUUGCUAUCCCCAUCCCCCAGGUCUGCAUGAGCAACAAUCCAUCUUUUCAGUAAAGAUGUGCUGAGCACCUCCCACAUGCUGGGCACUGUUGCGUGUCCCAGAGACUCAGCAGUGAACAGAACAGACAAAAAUUCAGCAGUUUUAACAGACGUUGAACAAAUGAGAGUUGCAGUAUUUUGGAUGGUGAUAUCUGCUGUGGACAGCAUAAACCAGAAAAGGGUAAGAAGGAGUGCUGUUUUGGUAGGUAGGUUGUGAUUUUAAAAAUCGGAUCAGGGAAUGCUUUAACUGAGAAGGUGAAGUUUGAGCAAAGGUAUAAAGGAGGUCAGGGAGUGAGCCAUGGAGACAUCUAGAGGGGAGGGUUCCAGGUGGGAUGCCUGGUUUCUCAGCAUGGCAAGGAGGCCCCUGUGGCUGGAGUGGAGGGAGCUGGCUGGAAGAGUAGAAGGGGCCAGGGAGGUGAUGGGGCAGGCUGUGUGAGCAGCACAGAUCAGUUAAGUUGGGGCUGCCUCAGAGGGAGGUGGGGAGCCUUUGGACAGUUGAGUGAUGUGGUCAGAAUCUGAAUUACGUCUUCCAGGUGUUAACCACAUACCCAAGAACUCAAUAAAAUGGUGUGGCGGAAAGAUUUUUAUGAGGUAAUCCCUACUGCCAGUUCCCAUGAAUGGGCCUUUCCCCCUCGCUGUGCCUGGGUUUCCAGUCCGCGUCAUUGCUGCUCUGACAUCUCUAGCUCCCGCACUCCGCAGGGGCUCUCUCACUUGCCUUCUCUGUUUUGAGAUCUGGUGCUGGUAUCAGAUUGAACCUAAAACUGCCUAUGGCCUGGAAUCAGAUUUCCCAUCACUGGCACAGUGUCAAAAUUAGCACUAGAGGUGAGUGGGCAGGGGCCAGAGUCAUGGGAAGGGCCAGUUCUGGGUUAUCAGAUCUGGGUUCCAAGCUCAGUGUAGCCGUUUACUGGCAGAGUGAUCUUGGGCAAGUCAUUGAACCUUUCCAUCUCUUUCCUCAUGUGUAGAAUUAGAGGAAUUGGCAGUGCUUCCUGACUCCCAGGGUUGGCGAGAAAGGUCUUGGUUAACUAAGGCUCAGGGCUGGGUGGUUGCCCUUUAGGACCAGGGCCCCCAUGGGGGCAUAGCUAGUGUUACCACCAUGGAAAUACCCCUUUUCUGUUAAUGUUUUUAUCCCCACACUCCCCCUGCUACCCAGUACCUCAUGGAGUUCCUGCCCCAGAAGGGGUGUUUUGUUACCGUUUUUAUAAAAUGAGAUGUUUUUAAACAUUCAAAUCCAAUUUUAAAAUGUACAAAGAAUAAAAAUCAACAGAAACCCCUCUAUACUGAGGUAAGCUGUUAAUAUUUUGGGAUUGUGCUAAUUCAGACUCUUAAGUAACCUGAGUUUUUAAAUCACUUUAGUUAUAUAAGUAAUAUGAAAUUAUUACAGAAAUUUUAGGAAAGUAAAUACAGAUUAGCUAAAAGGAAAAUAAAUAAAUAAAUAAAUAAAAGUCUGGCUACUUGGAGUUAACUUCUGAAAAUUUAGGUUGCUCAGUGUUGGGUUUGACUUCUUUCCCCUUCCCUGAAUGCCCCUGCAAGGUUCUGCCUCUCACGCCGUCUCCCCUCACCUGGAGUGCCCCUCCUCUGUGCUGGCCCAGGCCCUCACUCUUCGAGACCUGCCCUUUGUGGCCCUUGUCCCUCGCCCAGGCGCUCUCUCCUGGCCUCACCUCUCGUGGUGCCUGCACCACGUUCUGUUGAGUGUUGUCUGGGUUUCCUGUUAUGCCCAUCAGCCAGUCUCAGCUCUUUCUGGAAGCCAGGGUUGGGUGCUUAUAUAUCUCUCUUUGCCCUGCAGAGGAGAUUUUGCACCAAGUUUUCCUUAUUAAGGAAUCUAGAAUUGAGUUUAGUUCAGCUAAGUCAGGAUUAGAGUGUUUCGAAGGGGACCUCGGUUGACAUACUGACUGGAGUCCCCUGUAAGCACACUCCUGCUGGUCAGGAGCUCUGCUGUUGGUGGUUCUGAGCUGUAUGGCCCUAGUUGGCAGUUUCCAACUGACCCAGCCACCAGUUCUCAUCUUGUACUCCAACCUGACCUUGAGGAACAUGCAGGCUUCUUCCAGACUUGCUUCCCCUCUGCUGCUUAAGAGGAACUGAAGUUGGGGGAAAGAAAGCCAGAUGGGUUGGGGCAAUCACAGUUCAGAGAAGUGAGUGCAGGUCCUUGAGUCAGCGGUUCAGUGUGGGCGGCAACACCCUUGCUGACAAGACUUGGGGCCGACAAGUAUGUGCAGAGAAGGAAUCACAAAAGUUGCAAAUUAACUCAGACCUCCUCACACGCAUCAAGCUGGCAGUUACUUUUUUUUUUU